GGCGGAGAGAUGAGAGCCGCAGGUGGGACGUGAAAGUGGCCGCGUUUAGUUUUACCGACAAUCUCAUUUUCCGUGAGUGCUUGAGUGGUGCUUCUGAACGAUAUGGGGAAGCUUCAGGAAUUCGAGAUUACUUUCACUAAUAACAAAGUGGUCUACAACCCCGGGGAAUCCAUAUCAGGAACUGUGAGAAUUAAAACAAGCCAGUCAUUACAGUUUAAAGCUAUUAAAGUCAACUGUGUGGGGUCGUGUGGCAUUUCGUCCAAGCUGAAUGAUGCGUCGUGGAUGCUUGAGGAGAAGUACUUGAGCAGCACGCUGUCUGUGGCCGAUAAAGGUACUCUGCCAGCUGGUGAGCACAGCUUUCCGUUCCAGUUUCUCAUUCCAGCAUCCGUUCCAACCUCGUUCGAAGGCCCAUUUGGGAAGAUUUUGUACAAAAUUAGGGCGUUUAUUGACACACCACGUUUCUCAAAGGACUACAAGACCCAGCGACCCUUCUACCUUCUCAAUGUGCUCAACCUCAAUGAGUUGCCAGAUGUAGAGCAACCCAGCUGUGCUGUGACUGUUUCACUAAAAUCUCCAGAGGCUGUGGUCACGUUACCCAUCUACAUUGGGAACAUUGCUGUAAACUUAACUCCCUCCAUUCCUCACCCCAUCGCCCAAGGCGCACCAGUGCCUGCCAUGCCAAGCCUCAGCCCUGCGCCCGUAGUCCCCAGCGCACCUCAUGCAGAGUGGAGAGAACAGAUCAUCGUCCCUCCUCUUCCUCAAUCAGGCCUCACUGGCUGCAGCCUCAUAGAUAUUGACGCACCUCCUGCGGAGGACCACCUGGAGGGUGCGCUGGGUGCUGGAGGAGUAGACAGCGAGGAGAUCCCCACCAAGAGUCAUUCUCAGCAGGACCCGUCCGGCAUUCCUCUCUCCAUGUCUCCCAGCGUGUUCGGUCAAGCGUCCGGUCCGCUCCCGACGCAGAGCCAGCAGCUCGCCCAAUCCUCCGACGGCUCUGCUCCUCUGUUCUGUCUGUCUACAGGGGCCACCAUACCUUUCUUCACAGAUGGUAAUACAACGCCAGUGCCCACUUCCUGUCCCCUCAUCCUGCCCCCUGAAUACAGCACCUGGGAAUACCCACAUGAGCCACCCCCCACUUAUGAGGAAAGCUGCAGUAGCAACAACUCCAGCUUCAACAGUAGCAUGAGGUAGACCCAUUAGAGGUCUCGCUUCUUCAUCAUGCCAUUCAUCUGAUACCACCUGCUGGACGGUACAGGCAUUGCUGCCAGCCCAUAAACCUGUCCCUUCUUCUCCAUGAGCCAAAUAUGUUUAAAACAUAUAAAGGAUUGUUUCCUUAAUUUUUAGUUAAUCCACUCAGAUUACCGUUUCAACAUUGAAGAAAACAACCUUGAAACUGUACAGGGAAAAUGUUUCAGUGCCUAAGAACUUAAGAUGUAGCACUCUUGAGCAUCCCCAUGAUGAGACACACUCAGAGUUCUUGCAAAACGAAUACCAGCAUCUGUAACAUUAUGAAGUGAAAGUUACACUGAAAAUACUUUUUCAUUCAACCAAGGCUGGCCUUAUGUAAAUCUUAUCACAAAGCAUGCUCUGUAAAAUCUGACUUAUCGCAGAAAUAUAAUUCUGCUUGACUGCAAGUCUUGUUGAGGAAAAAAAUAUUCCUUUCCUUGUGACGUUCAUUAUGAAUUAUAAGGCACUCCAUGCUUAUGCUAGCAGGAAUGGCUCUUGACGGAGACACUGGGCUACAGAGAACGUUACUCUGGAAAGAACAAGUUUUAUUUAUUGAUCAUGAUUGAUGUUGGAAGUUUUCAUUUGACUUUUUAAAAUCCAUCUCAUCACCAAAUGGAUACAGUGUGGAUACAGCUGUGGAAUAUCACAUACAUAAGUCAUUAUCACUUGGCCAAAUGGUAGCCAGUGUCCCUUGAAUGGUUAAGGGAACAACAUAUUACAUAUCAUUUUAAAAUGAAAACUAGUUAUAUGUUCAUUUUGUUUUACAGGCUGUCAAGAUUUUAGGAUGACACU